AUGGGAACCUUCCAGCUCGCACAAGCCACAGAAAUGCUCUACAUGCGUUUGGAUACAAUGAAUACAACAUGUGUGGACAGAUUCAUUAACUGGUUUUCUCACCACUUGAGCAACUUCCAGUUCCGUUGGAGCUGGGAAGAUUGGUCGGAUUGUCUGACUCAGGACCUUGAAAAGCCCAAACCCAAAUUUGUGAGAGAGGUUUUGGAGAAGUGCAUGCGACUCUCCUACCACCAGCGAAUAAUAGACAUUGUUCCUGCGAGUUUUUCUGUCCUCAGCCCUGCUAAUCCAGUGUGCAUCUACAAGUACGGAGACGAAAGCAACAGGUCCCUUCCUGGGUAUACUGUGGCACUCUGUUUGACCAUCGCAAUUAAAAAUAAGGCCAGCAAUGAUGAAAUCUUCGGCAUUUUAAAAGAUGUGCCUAACCCGAACCAGGACGAUGAUGAUGAUGAAGGAUUUACCUUCAACCCCCUGAAAAUAGAAGUCUUUGUUCAGACUCUGCUCCAUCUAGCUGCAAAGUCUUUCAGCCACUCCUUCAGCGCCCUGGCAAAGUUUCAUGAAGUCUUCAAGACGCUGGCUGAAAGCGAUGAGGGGAAACUCCACGUUCUGAGGGUUGUGUACGAGGUCUGGAAGAAUCACCCCCAGAUGAUCGCCGUGCUUGUGGACAAGAUGAUUCGGACACAGAUUGUCGACUGUGCUGCGGUGGCAAACUGGAUCUUCUCUUCAGAGCUGGCGCACGAUUUCACGAGGUUUUAUAUCUGGGAGAUCUUACAUUCCACGAUUCGUAAGAUGAACAAGCACGUUCUGAAAAUUCACAAAGAGCUGGAGGAGACUAAGGCAAGAUUGGCCAGGCAGCACAAAAGAGUGAGUAAUGUGUUUGGAAUUUUAAACUACUUACGCGGUUGUACGGGCCUGCGUGACGCCAGCCUGCUGACACGACACGCAGCUGGUUUUGGUGGGGACGCAGGAGCCUGUUUUUCUGGACACCUUUGCGUGCCCUGGGUUGCUGUACCCAACGGACUGGUCGGCAAGCGGCUGCUGUCGCGUCCCGUUGUCCCAAGUGGGACU